AGAGCCAUCCUCACUGGGCUCAUUGGGUUCACACGUCCUAUGUUUCCCGGAGCCCUGCGCGCCAUCGCCAGCACGAGCGCUCUUAUCCCGCGCGGCUCCUCUUUUUCAUUCCAGCAUUCUCACAAACACCUCACGGGCACCGCUCCAUCUCCCUCCAGAGCUUGCUUUCACGGCAACCGCUGCAUCCCCAUCGCUCCUGUGAGCUCGACGGGAGCAUUUAUGGACGUGGAAAUAGUGAUCGGAGACCCUGAAUCCCUCCGGAAGAAGAUCGAUGCGAUCCGUAUCGCUGGAACCGGCAAACUUCAGGUGAUUGCUGAUUUUGAUUGCACGCUCACGAGGUACUGGAUUGAUGGUGUCCGCGGGCAAUCGAGCCAUGGGUUGUUGCGGCAGGGGAACCCGGAGUUUGAUGAGAAAAGAAAGGCUUUGUAUGAGUAUUAUCAUCCACUGGAGAUCUCUCCGACAAUACCUAUUGCAGAGAAGGCAAAGAUUAUGGAGGAGUGGUGGGGAAAGACACAUGGUCUUCUUGUUGAGGGAGGCCUGACUUUUCAAGCAAUAAAAGAUUCUGUUUUGGAUGCUAAUAUUGCAUUUAGAGAUGGUGUGCUCGAGCUGUUUGAAUUCUUGGAGGAGAGAGGUGUGCCUCUUCUAGUGUUUUCUGCUGGCCUUGCCGAUAUUAUUGAAGAGGUUUUCAGGCAGAGACUUCAUCGAACUUUCAAGAACAUCAAGGUCGUCUCUAACAGGAUGGUAUUUGAUGGCAAUGGUCAACUUAUAGGCUUUAAAGGAAAGACAAUUCAUGUUCUGAAUAAAAACGAGCAUGCAUUGGAUAUGGCAGCCCCUGUUCAUGAAAAAUUAGGAGAUCCUAACGGAUUAGACUAUGAUUUUGCUUCGGUGAAGGCAAGGAAAAAUGUCCUGCUCCUUGGUGAUCAUAUUGGAGAUUUGGGCAUGUCUGAUGGUUUGAACUACGAAAAUCGAAUUGCUGUUGGAUUCCUGAAUGAAAAUGUUGCCGACUCUCUGGAGAAUUAUCGUGAAGCUUUUGACAUUGUAUAUCUGGUGAGCGGGCGGGUUUUCGAUAUUCUAUAGCAACAAAAUGAUGCACCCAUGAAAGGAGUUGUCCAGCUUGUCUCUCAACUUUGUUCAUCCCCCAAGUGAUUUUGCUGCUGUGCUUUUUCUUUUUUCUCCUAAUUAAUUUGUAGCUUUUAAAUCUUAGUGAUUAAUAAGUACUUUACUUGCAAAUUUGAAAUUUAAUAAGACCAGAUUACUACACUUUUCUUUUUGUUUUAAAUUUAAUGCCACAUAAAAUGUU